AAAGGAUGCUUGCGUUGUACCUACCUAUAUAUUUGUUUAUAUACUUAGAAGUAUUACAGACUUACAAAUACCAUAUACAAAGUCCAGCGUCGUUCAGUACAAAUCGAAUCCGGAUGCAAUUUGGACGAAUACCCGCACUGUCUGUAAUAGGAUGUUAGCUGAAAUAAGGUGAGGCAGUCUAAGAUCCAAGCGCAAGUACUUUAAAGGUUAUCGCAAUCGCGUCAAAAGUCGCGUCUCUCACGGUUCAUACUCGUACACAUUACCAAAAACUUUAAUUCUCCAUUGCAAAUAUACAUCCAAUUCAAUUCAUACAAACCGACUUCGCGCACUUCAAUUGCAAGAGACUAUCCUCGCAUAUACACCGCAAAAGAUAAACGGACUUAAACAUCAUGCUCGCGAUUCGUCCACCAUCUAAUCAACCUUCCUCAAAAUCCUCGAAAAAAUACACACCUAAUCUCAUCCCAUGUCGCAUAAAUCACACGGCCCCAAUUAAGAUCGAAAAAAGAUAUUGGGAUCCAAAAAUUACAAAGAAUCAAAGGGGAAAAGAAGAAUUGGUGUCAUAUUUCAGAGGUAGGAGAUUGAUUGGUAGGAAGGUCAAGGUUCCGGAAGGAUGGAGGGGAGUUGUUUUGAGAGUGGGCGAAGAAAUCAUGCCACGAGAAUCUACUGCGGAGGAUGAGAGAAGAGAAGACGAGGAAGAUGAGAAUGAAGCGGCUGAAAAGGAGAUCGAAACGAAGAUAGCGGAUGAAGAAGGCACUUUUGAUGACUUGACGGUAUGGGGGCAUGAGUGUUUGGUUGACGCAAGUGGUGAUAUGGUUGUUAGAGGAAUGGAAGAGUGGAUGGCAUGGUCGAGUGCGAUCCACGGCUGCGAGGACGAGAUUAGCAAGGAGGAGCAAAAGUCGACUUAAGAAAUGAAUCUCUAUAUUUUGGUGAAUAGGAUACAGGGGAGUUCUAUGGCGUUGGCAAGGGAUGCAUCGAUUGUUACUCUCUGUUGGAUCCAAUCACGCUAGGCAUAUACAUUUUUAUUAAAUGAGGAUCGCAAAACAGAACAUCAAGUCGUUUGGAUUUUCAUUGCCAGAGUACAAUGGAAAGGACUGAAAUGCUACUCGACACUUCAAAGGUCGAAUGACAAUAUGAUAUGAGAGUCACAAUCAAACCGAAGGGUAUACAUGUAGCGCCAGAUCAAAGAUCAAUUCGUUUCCGCUUCAUUCUUGGUUUGUUCGACGUUUCCUCUACACUAUCCUCCUUCUUAAUCCUUUGCUCCUUUUUUAUUUCAUUCCAUGGCCUCUUUCGUUGUCUACACUCCUUCAGGU